AUGCAGCAUCAGGAGGAGCAGCAGCAGCAGCCAGGACUAGAGGGCGUCGUCAUGAAGCCAUCAGAGCCUGCUGAGGAUGAGCAGGAGCAGGAGCAGGAGGCCAGGCCCAGGAGGAUCUACCAGGCUUGGAAGGGAAACAACAUAUUCCUGUGUCGUGGGCGGCUGAUAUUCGGACCCGAUGCCGCGUCCCUCCUGCUCACGACGUUCCUCAUCGUCGCCCCAACCAUCAUCUUCUGCUACCAGAUGAAAUCCAAGCUCUACGGCUCUGGUGGGCACCGGCAAAUGCAACAAGCAGCAGCACUGAUAGUCACCAUCACAACAAUCAUGGACCUUGUCUUCCUAUCCAUGACAUCCGCUAGAGACCCAGGAAUAGUGCCAAGGAACACGAGAGCGCCUCCUGAAGCUGACGAGUUUCUCGGCUCCAACACACCAUCUAUGGACUGGAGCGGCGGGAGAACCCCACGGAUGAGGUUCCGUCGGACCAAGGACGUCAUCAUAAAUGGCUUCACGGUGAAGGUGAAGUUUUGCGAGACCUGCCUGAGGUACCGUCCACCACGAUCCUCGCACUGCUCCAUCUGCAACAACUGUGUCCACAAGUUUGACCACCACUGCCCAUGGGUUGGCCAGUGCAUUGGACUUAGGAACUACCGCUUCUUCUUUCUGUUCAUAGCAACGUCGACUUUCCUGUGCAUAUUUGUCUUUAUUUUUUCAUGGCUGAGUGUCUAUAGCCAAAUGAAAGACAAUGGAGGCUUUAUCUGGAAGGCCUUGCGCAAGGAAGCAUACUCGUUCGCGCUAAUCAUAUAUACUUCCAUUGUUGUUUGGUUUGUCGGAGGCCUCACAGUGUUUCAUCUCUAUCUAAUCGGGACUAAUCAGACAACAUAUGAAAACUUCAGAUACCAUUAUGACAAGAAGGACAAUCCCUACCGGAAGAGCAUUGCAGCAAACUUUGCAGAAGUGUUCUUUACCAAGAUACCACCUCCGAUGAACAAUUUUCGUUCAUGGGUAGGUGAAGGCGCACUUGAAGCUGGAUUCUACACUCCAUACAUUGGGCUGGAUGUGACAAACCCAAGGGAAAAGAUUGAUCUAGACAUGGAAAGCAAAGAAGUACUUGUUGGGGGUAUGCAGAUUCCAACGGUACUUCAGAACAUAGACUAUGGUUCUUUUGAAGAGAGUUCAGAUGACAAGAACAGAAAUGCUGGCGAAAAAUCAGUGCAUUUUCCUAUAGCUUGGGCACAAGGAAAUGGAGAUGCUGGAACAUCUGCAGGAGCUGCCACAGCAUUAAACGAUGAAACAAGCGAGGACGAGUUUAAUGAAAUUGGCAGUCCGAAUACAACUACAACCCAAGCAUCUGCAGAAGUUAACACAGAACCACCAGGUGAGGGUGAUGCUAAAGAAACUAAUAGUUCGAAUAGAACUGCCAAGUCUCCGAAGGAAUGA